AUGGAGCCUAAGUCGUCUCAAGAACUCAUCGAGGACGUGUCGAGCAACGUCGAACGCAAAGAUUACCCUCUCGUUAUCGACAAUGGUGUGGACGGGGCUCAAACAGGACCUUCAACAUUCAGUGCAGUCGAAGAGAAGCAGAUUCGACGCAUUAUGCGCAAAGUGGACGCUCGUCUCGUGGGCAUGCUGGCAUGCCUGUACAUGUGGGCUUUCAUUGACCGCUCUGCACUUGCGAACGCCAACAUCGCUGGAAUGUCUCACGACCUUGAGCUGAAUGUUUCAAACCGCUACUCUGUGGUUGCCAUGAUCUUCUUCGUCGGAUACAUCCUCAUCGAUCUACCCACGAACUACCUCGUGAGCAAGGUCGGCGCGACCCUUUGGAUACCGAGUAUAGUCUGCCUUUGGGGCGUCAUCACAAUUGGCCAAGGUUUUGUGCAUUCUUGGGGUGCUCUAUUAGCCUGCCGUUUUCUCCUAGGCCUCUGCGAAGGUGGCCUCAUACCUAGUGCCAUCUACCUCAUUGGUGAAUGGUACACGCGCUACGAAGCGCACGCGAGGAUAGCAGCUUUCUAUGUCAUCGGCAUUACGGCCACCGGACUCUCUGGUCUCCUUGCGUAUGGUAUCGAGAAGAUGGAGGGCACUGCCGGGAUUGCAGGCUGGAGUUGGAUAUUCAUCAUUGAGGGUAUCGCGACCUGUGCUUGCGGACUAGUUGCCUAUGUCGUUCUCUUGGAGCUUCCUGAUAAAUCUACGACCCGCACCAUACUUCGUCUUCCAGCGUUCCUUACGGAAAGUGAGGGUGCAUUGAUAAAGAGGCGUCUUGAAAACGACCGCGGAGAACUCGAAAUGACAACGCCCACCUGGAAGAGCAUGCUGAAGUCGGCGGCGGACUGGAAGGUUUGGGAGUUCUCCCUAUAUGUGCUGCUAAACAACACUGCGCUCUACGCAUUCUCCUACUUUCUUCCGAUCAUCCUCCACCAAGGCUUGCACUAUUCGACGGCGAAAGCACAGCUGUUUACAUUCCCUCCUUACGCUGUUGCUGCAGUUUGGAUCAUGUUCGUGGCCUGGCUAUGCGAUAAGUUUCAUCUGCGAGGCCCAUUCAUGAUCUUCAACUGCUGUCUAUACACCAUUGGCACUUCUCUAAUGGCCUUCCACGACAACGUCCACGUGAGAUACGGCGGAGUGUUUUUAGGCGUCAUCGGCAUCGCAGGCAACGUGCCCUCGAAUUUUGCAUACGCGCACAACAAUAUCGUCGGACGGCCAAAACGUGCCCUCUGUGCGGCACUCAUGACCAUCGGCGGAGCGGUUGGAGGGAUCAUCUCAGGCAACAUCUUUCAAGCACAAGACGCUCCUGUCUACCGCACUGGAAUCAUCAUUUGUCUUGUUUUCCAAGGUCUCAAUGUGGUGUUGAUUGCGAAGAACUUUUUGAUCUUUGGUAUGAGGAAUCGACAGGCUGAGAAAAGCGGACUGCUUUUGGAAGGCUCGGUGGGGUUUCGGUAUACGUAUUAG